CGAUGUGCGACGACAGAGACCUGUGGUGCUAACUUUAGUGGUUCUGCUCUCUUCUGUUGGCACUGUGGGGGUUGUCCUUGCAAUCCUGCACGAAAUUAUAUACCCAACAGAUCAUGAACCUACUCCAAUUCGCGAAAAAGCAGCAGUACCGUUAGCUACGGACUCAGACGAUGACCAAGUUACAUCUAGUGAACUUAGAAAGGAACACGCCCAUUUUUUCUGUAAAAGGCAUGCAACCACCUCACUGCCUCAUGCCUAUAGCUAUACCUUUGCAGAAACCUUGUGCCAAGUUGUGGAGCUACAAGGAACAGGCCAAUCUGUCCUCUAGAUGUACAAUCAGAAAUGAAGACUUUAGUUACGUUUUGGUAUCAUCCCUAUUGAUCAAAUUCAAUUUCUUGUUGUUUUCUUAUCAGAUUGCUGAAGAGGUAGAAUCUCAUUGGCAUCCAAUUGGCAUUCAUCUGGGAUUCAGUGGUGAAAUGCUUACACAAUAUGAGAAACAGUUCAACGAGCCAUCUUGUCUUCUCUUUGAGAUUCUUGACAAAUGGCAGAAACAGAAAGGCAAACAAGCAACAAAGAAUGCACUUUUGGAAGCUUGCAGACAAGCUGGUGUUAUGCUACGGUCUGAAAGCACUACAUUUUUGUCAAGUUCUAUUUCUGCCUUCCGCUUUCUUCCGCUUGGCCGUCCUUGAGGUGCACAACUUCGACCUCGAGCAAGCAGUGGUCUUCUACGAGCUGUUGCUGUAGGCUGCACAGAGGAAGGUGGAGGCGACAAAGAUGGCAAGACUUGACUAGAGUUGGCGACAUUGUGCCUACGAACCGUCGCGAGCAAUGAGACUGAAACUGGCGCUGUUGCUUACUUUUGACUCCAAAUUUGAAUUGAAAAAGAGUAAGGACCUGAGCGAGAGAGUACGUACAGACUCAUCCAAGUGAAGUCUCUUCUCAAAUUUCUAGACAGUAUAUUAUUAAUUAAAAUUAUUAUUAUAGCAAUGUACUUUUACAGAUCUGUAGUGUUGUUUAUUGCUAUUCAGUUCUAGAAACUGGAUGUCUGGACUUUUACUCGACUACGGUCAUUGUGUUUGAUUUGUACGUACAGCCAAUAGUAUUUGAUUACUU